AUGCUCCGGGCCCAGCGGCCGCAGGGCGAGCUGGAGGAGGAGGAGGAGGCAGAGGAAGGUCAGGCGGUGCCUUCCGCUUCCUGCGCGGCGGGGCGGGGGCGGGCACGGCCCCUGCGCCCUCCCCCGGGGCGGGGCGGCAGCCGGGCCCGGUGCGCGGAGCGAUCGCUGCCCGCCCACAGCGUCGCGUUGCCGGGCAACGCGCAGCCCCGCGGCCCAGUCCCGUCCGCCAUGUCCGGCCCGGCGGUCGCCGCCAGCCCCGGCCCCCGCACCAGCGACUGGUACCGCACCAGCCCCGGCCUGCCCGGCCGCUUCCAGCAGCCCGCCUGCUUCCGCGGCUACGGGAAGCCGGAGCCUCACCCCCGGUACCGGACCACCAACCAGGCCUACGGCAGCAAAGCCCCCACGGUGCACGAGGUGCCGACCUCCUUCCACGUCACCUCGCACGCGUUUUCAAAUACUCUGGCACAGUGUGGCAUGUACAGAGAUAACGGGCUCAACACCGCCCUGGAGAAGAGCCACGUCACCGGCCCAGACAACUUCAUCACCGCCUAUGACCACCUCAACUUUCAUCCCAGCUACAACCCAAGCGGCCCGUCGCACUGCUAG